GCCAAAGGUACAGCAGCACAGUGCGUCGAGCAGAGAGAUGGAGUGGGAGCUGGCCGGCUGUGAGUGCGUAUAAACCGAGAACAUCAGAUGAAGGUCGGGAAUAAAAACCAUGUUUGAUCCUGAAUAGAAGAAAUCUUCACGGCAAAACCAGGAUCCUCUCAGAGACAGCAGCGUCAUGAAACCAGUCCUGCAUUGAGCCUCUCCUCGUGGGUUGGCAUGGCCCAGCAAUGAACGGAGCGUUGGUGCCCGGUAGCCCGGAGCUCUCCUCCUCGUGCCCACUGCCAGACUGGCGAGAGUUCUGUGAGCUCCAUGCUCGAGCCUCUGCUGCAGACUUUGCUGACAAGUUCCAGCGCUUCCUAUUGGAGAAUCCGUGCUACGACUCGCCCGGCGCCGAGGCCAGCUUCUCACAACACUUUGCCCACCACUUUCUGGAGUGCUUCUCUGCCGCAUUGACCCAGGCCCGGGAGAGCCAGGCAUCCUCGCCGGGGGAGGACGGCACCAACUCAGCACCCAAGUACAGCAUUGUUCCUUUCCUGGGAAUCCAGGGCUGCCCGCUGUCUUACGGUCACGAUCUUUACCAGAGACGCAAGGACGCUGGGGCUUCAAGUGAAUCCCUGGACAGCAUGGACAGCGGAGGGGGAGGGAUAGAUGGAGCAGGCAGUGGUACCACCGCCUCUAGAGGCCCCCAGCAGACCCACAAGGUGUCUGCUCUGGGACAGUCCCGCAGCUCAGAGGACGUGUCGGUCAGUCACCCAAAGGCUCGCUUCAAGAAGGGCUUCUCCCUGAGGAACAUGAGCCUGUGUGUGGUGGACGGGGUGAAGGAGAUGUGGCACAGACGGGCCUCUCCUGAACCCGAAGGUCCUUCUGUAGCCAGGAGGGCCACUGGCGGAGGAGGGGGAGGAGGGGAGGCUGCAGGGGGAGAGAAGUGGUCUCAAAAGCUGCGGCUUCCCAGGGGCUCCCAGGGCCACAAGGCUGAGAUGCUGGAGAUCCAGAGGGAGGGAGCGUUGAGGUACAUGGUGGCUGAUGACACAAACUGUAUGGGCGCUGCACAGUGGCAAAAGUGCCGCCUGCUGCUGAGGAAGACGAAGAGGGAGGAAGGAGGCGAUCGGUUCCUGCUGGAAUUCUACGUACCGCCCAAGUCCUCAAAGCCCAAAGUGAGCAUCCCCCUGUCGGCCAUCGUGGAGGUGAGGACCACCAUGCCGCUGGAGAUGCCUGACAAAGACAACACUUUUGUUCUUAAGGUGGAAAACGGGGGAGAGUACAUUCUGGAAACCAUCGACUCGCUGCAGAAAAACUCCUGGGUUGCUGACAUCCAGGACUGCAUAGACCCCGGUGACAGCGGCGAUGACAUCGAGCUGGCGUCAUGUCCUCAUGGUCAGGCCUCCAAAGACUGCUCCAUGGUGUCCUCAUGCAGCUGUGAGCUGCUGUCUGAGGGUGUGUAUCGUGCUCCGGAGAGGUCGUGUCCUACAGCAUCAGAGCAUUACAGCGCUCCCUCAGUCCGUUGCAGGGAACCCCCCUUCACCCAGCACCCAUCCCACAUGCCUUUAGAGCGCUUCCUCCAGUCCGCAGAGGCCCAGGGCUCCAACUCUUCUGCAGGUGGCAGUGAAGGAGCAAAAGAGUCAGAUGGCGAUGCCAGUCUAGCAGGUUACCCAUGGUUCCAUGGUACUCUGUCCCGCGUGCGUGCGGCUCAGUUGGUGCUGGCAGGCGGAGCCAGGAGCCACGGGCUCUUCGUGAUUCGUCAGAGCGAGACGAGGCCGGGCGAGUACGUCCUCACCUUCAACUUUCAGGGCAAAGCCAAGCAUUUGCGUUUGUCGGUGAAUGAGAACGGGCAGUGCCACGUCCACCACUUGUGGUUCCACACCGUGUCGGACAUGUUGAGACACUUCCACGCCCACCCCAUCCCCCUCGAAUCUGGAGGCUCUGCUGACAUCACAUUACGCUCUUAUGUACAAGUGCAGCGUAGCUCCACCUCAGAUGUGACUGUGCCUCCAGUCCUCACCCCGCCCAGGGAUGCAGGCUGCCGGACAGAUUCAUCCCAACCUGCUCUCCACCCUCCUGGGAUCGCAGCGCCUGCAGGGCCACCUCCUGAUCCCCCGCUCUCCUCGAGCACCUCCUCCUCACCCACUGCCCUUCCCUCCCUCUCCCGCAGUGACCCAGGUACCGGAGGAGGAGUAGGAGCAGGGUUACACAGCCGGAGCAACAGCUCUGAGCGCCUGCUGGAGGCCUCUAGUGGUUCAUCCGAGGACUACCACGACGCUGAUGGGACUCGCAGGGCCCGGGCGGUGGAGAACCAGUACUCUUUCUACUAAACGGCCCAGGGCAGGGUUCAGUAUUGUAUUGGAGGUGACAUGGGACGCUCUGCUGAUUAUGAAAACGGUCCAAAUCACUGGAUCGCCCAUUGUUUUGUUUGUUUGUUUUUUGUUUCAAGGCAAUUUCCUGUUUCUCUGAUUUGAGAAGGGAGGUGAGAUCAUGGCGUGCAGAGUUAGGGUUAGUCUCCAUGCUGAUAAAUUCAUGAUUCGUUUCAAACUCAGUUAUCAAAAAUGUCAGAGAGCAGAGUAUUAGAAGGGGGGGGGGGGGGGGUGAAUGUAGGCGGAGAAAGCAAGAAGAAGUUAUCCAUAUGGCUUUGAUUCAUCUCUUCUGACCACUUCCUGUUCACCCUUACCUACAGUUCCCUUGGAGCAGAGCUUGUGUCACCACCCUACUGAAGGAUUGAGAGUUUGAAAUGACCCUGAAGAAACACCCCCUCCCCUCAGAGCUCCCGGGAGCAUCCCAUUAAUGUUUGUAAAGCUGCUUUGAGUCUGUCCCGGAUAUCCUCACGGUCCCCGCAGGGUUUCCCUACAAAGUCCAGCUCUGGGUCUCUGCUCUACUCUAACGUCAGUACAGCAAUCAUGGGUGUGUUAGUGUUAGCUCGGAGAUUGUUUUUCUUCAAAUGUGUACAGCCUAAAGGGUCUCAGUGCCUAAAAAUGACCUUGAACUUGAACAGACUGUUGCCCAUAGCGACAAGGAGACCUGUGUCGACAUUUCGUAUAAUGACAAAAAGUCCAACCCGGGUGAUUACUUUACCGUCUCUGCUUGAAUCACACUGAACAUGCAUAUCUCUGCGCACACACACACACACACACACACACACACACGUUAUGUUAUAAAUCAGUUUAGAAAUGUUGGAAGAUGAACAGCACAUGUUCAGUCUGUAUGUGUGCGGCCCGGUGGCUCCUAUUUGCUGCCAUACCGGGUUAUCUCUCUGAGUGUGUGGUGGUGUAUUAGAGUCAAAAUAUUUUUCAAUGAUCGGUGUGCUACAGUAGUGUUUCUAAAACAUGGUUUUCGAGGUCCCUCCGUCUGGUGCUGGUUCUGUAUUCAAGCUUAUCAUAUCAAUAACGUGUAGAUUAGAUAUGCUGUUAAUAUAGGAGUUCACUUUGAAGUAAUGCCAUGAAGAUAUUAUUAUACCAAAUCCAGCAUUUAUCGGAGGGACUGGGGACUUGCUUUUUUAGAAAGGUGGCAGUAUUGCGUACUGUUUGUGCGGCCUGGUGUGGACAGGCAGUUAGGUAAAAGGUACUAUGGCUUUGCUUGAAUGUGACAUUGUUGCUUUACUUUAUGCUUAGAGAGUACUGAGCUUUUUAAAUUAAUAAUUCAAUUUUCACACCUCAAAAUGCUCAAACAAUAUACAUCACAGCCCUCAUUCAUUACAACACAAAAUAUCAGUCAAAAUAUUUUCUUAAAGGAAAGUUGCCAAGAGUUAAAUAAGAACAUUGAAACCACUCAUGUCUAGUAGAGGUAUCCAUCCUCUAAUCCAUCUCAUAAGGGUACAUCCUGAAAAGUCUAUAAAGCAUUUUAGACACACCUGACAACGUGCACAGUAAUAAGCCACCUUUCAGCUACUGUAUUUCAAACAUAUGCAACACUUGUGUUUAAUUAGAAUAAACAUAUCAAGAGUAAACGUCUGUCUCUUCAAGCACGGCCAUUUAGCUUCAAAGGUGAGAUUGCAAUUUCAGCCGAGGAGCGGACGGAGCAGUUUAUGUGCCAAUUUGAAUCCUAUUUUUGAAACAUAUUUAUUCCUCAGCUGUUGUAAAUUACAUUUUUCCUAUCGAGUCUUAUUUAUGUACAAUUGAUUGAUUCUUCUUGAUGAAACAUCCUCAGUGGAGCCUGUCUGUUGCAAGAGCCCAUCUCACAUAUCACAGAUUGCUCAUGCCUCCCUUUUAUUUUCUUAACACUUCUUAAGGCUAAAGUUUCUGUUGUCUGACUGAGUUUUGAAGAGUCUGUGCAAUUUUGUACAAAGUGAUGUACUUGACAUACUACUUUAUAUUUCUGUGAAUAAAAUGUGAACAAACCAUUGCA